AUGGAACUCUCUGCUGCCUCCAGGGGCAUCGCAAGAAGCCCUAAGGGCGCCAGCAUCCCGCCUCUUGAAGAUUACUCCUGCGUCCCUCUAGGGGCCUCCGCGGAAUCUCCAACCUCACAAGGGUCAAAGGGCGUACCCCUGGGUCCCCGGAGUUCCAGCCAAGAUAAGGCAACAGUAAAUGCUGUACGGCUCUUGACGCGUCAUGGAGAUGAAGAGGAACGGGGCCCUUUCCUUUUUUUGCUCGAUAAUUACUUGACUGUGCAAGACGAGGCAUCACCGCAAGCAGCAGCAGAAACAAAACAGAAUAAAGGAUGCAAAUCGGUGCAAGCAGAGCAAGGCAACAACAGCAGAACUAGCAGCAGCAGCAACAACAGAAGCGCCACUAGCAGUUUGCUACUGCACCCGCUACAAGCAAGGAGAUCGUCUGAGCAGCAAAUGGCAGAAGCCCUUCAGCAACAGCAACAAAAGCAGCAACAGCGACAGCUGCAGCAAGAUUGCCAUCACCAGCAGGCAGACCUUGAACAGGAGCCACCACAACAACAACAGAAACAGCAACAGCAGCAAGAACAUGAGAAGCGACAGGACCAGGAGCAGCUGGCAGAGCAGGAAACGCACCAGCACCAGCAGCAACAUGACGAUCAGCAACAGCGUCAACAGCAUGACGAGCAGCAACAGCAGCAACAGCAACAUGACGAGCAGCAAGAGCUGCAACAACAGGACCAGCAACAACAUCAGCAACAGCACGACAAGCAGGAACAGCAGCAACCGCAGCAACAACAGGAGCAGCAGCCCCUAAGUGCAGUCGGCCCAGAAGAUAGGGAAGAAGGGGAGGAGCAGCCGCAAGAUCGUAAUCAGCAGCAACAACAGCAGCAGCAGCAACAACAACACUUGCAACAGCAGGGGCAGGAGCAGGAGUGGGAGCGACGUCCAGCACGACGAAAUUCGACUGCUGACAAGAAACGCCUCAAAGACAUGCGAGCUCAAAUGAAGGCAAUUUUCAAGCAAUUGGCUAAAGACGCGGAAGGCGGGCGCCGACUUUGGUCAAUGGGCUCUUUAGACCGCACAGCUCUCCUCGAGUUUAUAGCAAAUGCCCCUGGGCUACUUGGCGAAAGGCUCUUCCAAAUCUUCGACUCAAACAAUGACAACAAAAUUUCAUUUAAAGAAUUCGCACUCGGUCUCCAACGCGCCUAUGCGCCAGACCAAGAAACGCAAAUGAAAUUCCUAUUCAACUUAUAUGACUUGGAUGGAAACGGCUUUAUUGAGAGGCCGGAGCUCUUUGCUUUGCUUUACAAUCUGCCGGCGCAUUUGUGGCUGGCACCUACUGCUCCAGGGUGUACAGGCAGCCGCAGUCUGUCGCCAUCAGGUGUAUCGGCAACUCCGCCCCAAGGGGAGGCCAGCCCUCCUUCCACAAUUCCCAGAAGGCUAACUGACGCAGAAAAGAAAGAAAGGGUCCAGCAGAUUGUAGACCUCGUCUUCGCAGCCAAGGAAGAAACUCAGAACCAGCAGCAACAGCAGCAACAGCUACAGCAACAGCUGCAGCUACAGCAACAAAUGCAGCAGCAGCAGCAGCAGGGCCAGGAGCACGACCUCAAAGAGCAGCAGCAGCCGCAGCAAACACUCCCGUUGAGACAGCGUCGUAGACGGAGUGAUGUUUUUGUAAGGAGUCUUCUGAGCCCUCGCCAUUCUCUGAGUUCGAAGACAGCACCACCUUCACCGGCAGCAGCAGCAGCAAACCGCGGCCUCACCUUUGAGGACUUUAUUCGGGUUUCUGCCACAGUUCCAGAGUUAACAACCCUGCUACAACUCUUUGACAACCAUGCCUUCCGCCCGCUGUUGGCGCACUACAAGGGCUUGUGGGACGGCCCUUCGGUUUCUUCCCCGACACCAUCGGAAGAUAUUGGUGGUGUUUCGCCCAGUCCUGGGAGCAUCAGCAGCAGCAGCAGCAGGCAUACACGGAGUCCGCUGUCUCCUUCACCUGCUGGUAGACCGUCAACUCCGGUAGAGUACACAGAAGACGGGAAGUCUGGAGAGCUGAGGGGCGGGAGCCGCGGCAGCAGCAACACCUGCAGCAGCAGUAGGUCCAAAGUGGACGGCCCCUGCGGAGUCGCUGCUAACGCCCGCGGCCAGCAGCUGUUGCACCCAUCUUCUGCUCAGAAGAAACCUGCAACAGCAGCACCAGCAGUACCAGCAACAGUAUCAGCAGCAGUACCAGCAGCAGCAGCAUCAACACCAACAACAGCAGGGGAGUCUCGCUCAGCUUCGCUGGGUUUUAGCGCCUUUAGAUCGCCUGCCCACGACAGUUCUACCAGCACAAUACUGCUGCGAGAUUGUGUCGCAUCUGUGCACAGGAAUCCAACGCCCCGUGGUGUCCGCAGCAGCCACAAGCCUGGGAAUGUUUUGUUUGGUUUUGCAAUUAAGAGCAGCGACGGGAGAGUUCUCAAAACUCUCUAUGCUGAAGACUUGGAGGACCGACAACGUUGGGUUAAGGCGCUGCAACAGCAGAACUUUGCUGCAAAUUUUCAUGAUUGUUUCUCCCUUGUGGGUGGCCCACCUUUAGGUGUGGGGCAGCACAGCUGCGUGCGGCUUGCGGUGGAGAGAAGAACUCUACAGAAGGCAGCAGUUAAAAUUCUUAAUAAACAAACCCUCAGCAGCAGCAGCAACCGGGAUGGAGUGCGAACGGAGCUGCAGAUUUUAUCUUUGCUGGACAGUCCGUUUGUGGUAUCGUUUUGGGGUUCUUUUGAAACUCCAGAGUAUUACUACUUGGUGACUGAAUAUCAGGAAAGAGGAGACCUCAGGGGUCUCAUCGACUUGGCACUUGUUGUGCAGCAGCAGCAGCAACAACAGCAACAGCAGCAACCGGAGCAACAACAGGAGCAAGAGCAACAGCAGCAGCAGCAGCAAUGGAAGCAACAGGACGGGUGGGCGGAAAACAGCGGGAAUGAUCCUGAUUCUACCGCUCCUGCUGCUCCUCCUGCUGCUGCUCCGGCAGUGAGGGAAGGCGCGGGUGGCACCGAACCGAAGGACCAGAAGCAGCCCGAGCUGCAGCAGCACCACCAACACCAGCAGCAGCAGCACCAACAGCAGCGCAAGCAGCAGCAAGGACUGAUUCCGGUUGAAACUACGAAGAGGAUUCUGCGUUCAGUGCUUUUGGGGCUGCAGCAUGUGCAUGCAAAAGGAGUAGUUCACAGAGACAUUAAGCCCAGCAACCUCUUGCUGUGCUUUGAGCAGCAGCAGCAGCAGCAACAGCAGCAGUUGACGAGAAGCAGCAACAAGGACCCACGUGGAGGGGGUGAUGCCGCAAAUGCCUUCUUGCACUUGCCUGCUGUGUCUUCAAACAGAUCGGUAGACGCUGCUGCUGCUGGGGCUUCGGCUGCUGCUGCUGGGGAACUCCGCAGCGUAUCCAUAGGUAGCAGCAACAACAGAAGCAGCAGUAACACCGGCAGCACCAGCAGCAACAGCAGCAGCGGUACGACCACAGAGUUGCAACCUCUCGGAGAGGCCAUUGCAAUUGACAGCUGGUGCAAACAUCUAGAGGAAUUCAACGACUUAACGGCGAACUUGCGUUGUUGCUGUGCUGCAGCUGCUAAAGCUGUCGCAGCAACUGCAGCAGCAGCAGCUGCAGCAGCUGCUGCGGCAGCAGCCGCUGCACCUCAAAUCCAGGUGCUGUCUCCGUCUCGGAAGGUCCUUGCCUGUAUAAACCCUUGCCCACAGCAGCAACAGCAACAGCAACGCAACGCUGUUGCUUCUGUCAACGACCCCAAAUCCGUUUCGCUGGAAGCUGGCCUCUUCCCGAUCUUGUCGGAGGCAGCUGCAACACAGGGACAAACCCCAUCAGCAGUACAAGCAGCAACAGCGAUAAAUCCAGCAGCAGCAGCAGGCCCAAAAGUAGUUUCGCCUAUAGCAGGGGUGCCCGGAGCAGCAGCACUGCAGCAAGCAGAAGGGGUAGCCACAUCCGCAUCUGCAGGUGCACUGGAGGCGGCAGCGGCGGCAGCAGCAGCGGAAGCGCUUGACAUGCAGCGGGUGUUUGAAAGUGCAUGCGAAGAUCUAAAGGGCGUUAAAAUAGCAGACUUUGGUCUUGCGCGUUUUCUUGGGCCUACCUCCGGCGCAACAGAAGUGGCCGGCACCCUAGCGUAUGCAGCACCCGAGGUGGUCUUGGGGGACUCUUAUGACUACUCUGCUGAUCUGUGGAGUGUAGGGGUGUUGUCAUUUGAGCUUCUUACCAGCGGCCGCCUCCCUUUCACUGGCUGCACAGCAGAAGAAGUCAAGCAGAAGAUCCUUUCCUUAGAUGGCAAUGAAAGGAUGUUUAACUUCUUGGGCCAUGGAGGCCCUGAGGCCGUCGACUUUGUGCUGCGGCUGUUGGCCCCACAGCAGCAGCGAAUAACCAGCACAGAGGCCCUGCAGCAUCCCUUCCUCUCCUCUUGA